AUGACUACAGCUUUCACCUCCAGUGAGCAACGAAGACUGCCUAGCGGCGCAACUACCAUUAUUCAAGAAUGCAAUGGAUCGAGUGAGAACUUUGACUAUGAAGGCUCCGCGACUUGGUCCAGUGCUAUACAGGAAGAUGCGAGACCGACCCAGGCUACCUCCCUGCGAUCGAUUCUAGGGACCAUAGCACACAUCGCCCUGUGCUUAGCCUGGAUCUGGUAUCUACACGCGAGAUUGCGAGCAUGCUGGUAUUCGACUUCAACCACAGCAGCCAAGUACCGUUAUGAGUGGCUCAUCCUAUUGUGUGAAGUCGUCCAGGCAUGUCCAGAGAUCUUGCAAAUCAUGGAGAUUACCACGAGCUUUGCAGCGGCAGGGUCAUCCAGGAGACCGAGCCUUAAACUCAGGGGUGACACGGCACCGAUGGUCCAUGUCUUUGUCACGGUAUGCGGCGAAGAUGUCGACAUCAUUAUGGACACUGUCCACGCCGCCGCGAUACAGAACUACCCAAAGUCUUCCUACAGGGUCUUUGUGCUGGACGAUUCCAAGGACGAUCGGCUUCGUCUCGCCGUAGACAGGCUCAAUGAGCGACUGAAACGGACGAGUCACCACCCAGUAUGCUAUCUCGACCGCGAGAAGAAACCAGGCAUUCCGCAUUACUAUAAAUCCGGCAACCUUCGAUUCGGACAUGAAGUCAGUAAGGAGCUGUACGGCAGCUCCGAGUUCGUCGCCGCUCUGGACGCAGACAUGAUCCCAGAGGCGGACUGGCUGGCAAAGACAGUCCCUCAUCUCCUUCGCUCGCCCACCACGGCUCUUGUGAGUCCCCCUCAGCUGUCGUACAACAUUCCCGAAGGCGACGAACUGGGCCAGGAUUCCAACGUGUUCCAAUUGAUCAUGGAGCCGAUUCGAGACUCUUUCGGCUGCAGUCAAUGCUCUGGCUCGGGGUACGUGAUGCGUCGUCGGGCUCUGGACAGCAUUGGUGGCUGGCCUCUGUCCAAUGUUGGUGAGGAUAUCGUGUGCUCGUAUGUGCUUGUCCAGGCAGGGUGGAAAGCUGCCUUUAUCGAAGAUGAAUUGCAAUUUGGCAUGGCGCCCGGCUCACUCCAUGCGUAUGCUGCUCAACGAGUGCGAUGGACAGCCGGCAGCCUUCUCGUCGCUCGGAAGUUCAACUUCUUCCUACCUUGGCUCAACAAGUCCUCCCUAUCAUCCGCCCAACGUUUCUUCGGCAUGCACCACGCAUUCAAGACAUACUUCAGCACGGCUCUGAUCCUACCCCUGAUCCUGCUCCCUCUACUGGCCUUAUCCCCAGGACUCAUAUCGACACACGAGACCCUCGAUCGCCGCGCCCUUCGCACCCCCUAUCUCUUCCUAUGGCUCUCCUCGAAAAUCUGGAAGUACCUCAUCUUCAGCCAAGUCGGCACCAAAAACCUAAGCAACAUCUCCCGGAACCGCUAUUGGGUCGUUCCAUACCACAUCACCGCCCUCCUGCAGUCUUUCACCACAACCCCCCAAAACACCCCCUUCACCGCCACCGGCACCCUCAAAUCGCCCCUCGACGAACGCUCCCCUUCGCACCGCCGCCCCCUCCUCGAGCGCCUCUCGAACCCCCUCGUCCUCAUGCACACGCUCUACUUCCUCUUCGCAAGUCUCGCACUCAUGAAAACCUUUGCCGCCAUGAUCUCCUCCAAAACUCAAGACUCCCUUCCCCCGAACUCGUACAUCCACACCGCCGCAAUCCUGCGCCUCGUGGAGAUUUUCUGCGCCACCGCGACGCCCGUAAGGUAUAUGCUUUUUCCGCCGAGCGUGAGGGAGAGGAGGGAGUAUUUGGUUAAGGAUGAGAGGACGGGGGUGUAUAGGUCGAGGCGGAAGACGUGGGUUAAGCGGGAGGGAGGUGUUGUUUCGUGGAGGGAGUUGGUGGAGGUUGGGGUGGUGUUUGUGGGGGAUUGGUUGUGA